AUGCUGCUCGCGCCAAUUGUUUUGAUUCUAAUUGGUUCCCGCGGAGCGAACACUUCGUCCAGCCGCGCUUCCCAGCCAAUCAGAGCGGCGCUGAAUACGGACCCGCUCAUUGACAGCCAAUCACACUCCGCGUUUACUCAAGCGCCAGGGCCAGGGUUAACGGACCGGGCAGAGAGGGCGUGUUUCCCGAGGGAGGGUGAUGAUAAAGCAGCCGCAACUAUGGCAACAGGAGUGAUCACAAACCUGCCCUCACUAACACCAGCUUCUGGGACUGUGGAUACAUUUCCACUAUUACAAAAGCGAGAUGGGAGUGAGAAGCAAAGUCGGAUAUAUCCAUUUAUUAAUCCCACUACUGCUAUUGAAUUCCGAGCAAACCUACAACGGCAACAAAAGGAAUUACUAAAUGCACACAGUGGACCGGGUUAUUUGAAAAGUACCUUUGCAUCGAGAAGAAAAUCUUUUUCUGGCAGCUGGCGAAGAUUUGCCUUGGAAGAGCAAGAUGAAGACAAGAUAAAUGAAAAGCCCAAAUCUGUGUGUUUUGUUACAGACAAAUCCACUGAUCAAUCUGGAUUAAAACAGUACAUUCAACAACAGCGACAACUAUUGUUGAUACAGUACACAGCAGGAUUAAAGGAAAACUCAAUAAAAGGCUUGAAAGAAGCCGCUCGCGAACAGCAGCAACGGAUGAUCGAGGAUGAAAAGAAACUUGCAAAAAAUAAACUCGCCAUUGAAAAUUUAAUGGCAGAAAGUCAAACCAAGAGUGUACAAGCCAUGUUACGGGCAGAAGAAACUGCAAAUGAUAAUCGUCUUGCAAUGGAGCAAAUAGAAAAACUUACUGAGGAAGUGCUAAGUCUUAAAAGUGCAAUUGGAAAACAGCAGCAAGAACUGGAUUAUUGUAUAACUGCAAAGAUGUUUUUUGAAAAACUUGCACCCAAAGAAUGGAAGGAGAAAAGAAAAGAGAAAAUGAUUGAGAGUGACGUCAGAAAGGAAGCUAUUCCGCUUGACUCUCUUACUGUAACUUCUAUAAGUGAACCGCAAAAUCGUAAAGCAAGCAGGCCAAAAACAAAAAGCUCACGGUUGAGCCCAAAACAUUCAGCAGCCACGCUGGUCACUUCCUGGAUGGAGAAAGGGAUGGAAUCUGAACCUGAGGAAACGCCAAUGGAAACUAAGCCUGAUGUCAGCCCUGUGGAUCAGGAACUGUAUUUUAAGGACCCACAGGAAAUCCUGGACAUUUUCUUUGAUUUGGAAGAGCAGAUAGUUUCCCUCCUCCAGUAUUGUCGUGAAGUUGAGGAGGACAUCGACCGGGUUAAUCAGAAAAUGGCUGCAACACAGGAGGCAAUGCGGAUUAAAAUAUUGUGCCUGAAGAACCAGGUGAAGCAUUUUGAGGACACCAUUGAGAAUGUGCAAAGUGCAACAGAAGAUAUUAAGUUUCAGGUCAAGAUGUUCUCAUGGGCAGAUUCUACAGGUGAAGAUGAGAAAAAGGUAUUUCAACAGUUGGACCAGGGCCUUGCGAAGCUGCAUCAGAUGUGCUUUAAGGACAGCCAGGUACCAGAGGAUACUUUGCAGAAACUGAAGAAUGUUGAAGGUGAGAUCCACAGGUUGUUGGAUUGCAUUGAUGCAGCUGCAUCAGCGACGACAGUCAGCAGCAUCCUGAAGAGAAAACAGAAAGAGGAUGCAGAUAGGCUGCAAGAAGAAAUGAUGUCUCGUAUAAAAAGUUCAAUGGAAGCAAGGAAUAAAAAUCGACGGGAAGCAGCACUAAGAGAUACACAGAAACGGUUGGGUCGAAAGCUGGUGUAUCGCUCAGAGCCCAUCAGAGACAAAGGGAAAGGGAAUGAUGCAGUAAAUAACGAAAUUGAAGAGGUCAAUGAAGAAGAGUUCUUUUUCACUUAA